AUGUUCGACAAAGCGAAACAAUUGUGCAUUUCAUUCGCUGAACAAAGUGGAUUCAUCCUGCAUAGGCAGAAAAUUACAAUUAUCAAUAUGGAGAACACGGCUGUGUAUGGGAAGGAUACUGGUGUACUGCUGACACCGAGGCUGAUAUUUUCGUCGGUAUUAACACAUGAGAUGAUUCACAGCAUGAACGUUGGCCAUUCAUAUAGUGACCGCAAUAUACGGGUUUUCCCAUAUUCUCAACCUGGAGAAUAUGAUGACAAAUAUGAUUUGAUGUCCACGGCAAAUGCUCAUAUGCGACCAUCGACAUAUGGUCUUGGGGGACCAGGCCUUAACGGUCCACAUCUUGACUAUCUUGGUUGGUUGCCACAGAACCGGAUAGUCUACUUUGGAAGAGAUGGUCGCAGUAACUACACUUUACGGUUGUCUUCUCUUUCCGUCCCACAUCGCCUUACCAUCGGAUGGUUACUGGUGAUGAUACCGUAUGACCGAGACGAUCCUGGCAAUGUGUAUACGGUGGAGUAUCGCACGCCUGUCGGUAACGAUGCUGCCAUCAAACAGGUACGAGUGGUUUCACGUGGAAAGUUAUGCUUAGAUGAGGUUGAGCUGUCAUUCCGAUGA